GGACACAAAUACUAAUUUCUAAGAAAUUUCCUGCUUCCUAAAAUGCUCACUUCAGCGUUUAGCUGUAUCUGUCAUACUGUACUCUGUGUUUCUCUUCUUGAUUAAGAGAAGCACAGACUCAGAUUCCCCACCAGGUACUUUGUACCAGCCAUUUACAUAGGGGCUUUGGUUUGUUUCAUGAUCUUCUUGAAUGUUCUUGAGCUUGUUGUUAUAAUCUGGUGGGGCUAUCUUGAUUUGUUCAAUUGUCUGAGGAAGAAGCUUGGUAGUCACUUCAAUGACGAAAAUCGCAAGAGUUGUUCUGCAGGCAUUGCUUAAAGCAAUGAAUUCGAUUUUGGGACUGCUUGGAAUUGCAAUUGUUCUCUAUGGUCUUUGGUUGGUUAGAGUUUGGGAGAGGGACAUGGAUAGCUCAUCUUCAUUUGAUCAAUACACUACUGCUCCAUGGGUUAUCUGCACUUUUAUUGGGGCUGGUGUUACCUUGUGCAUAAUAACAGGCAUCGGUCAUCUUGCUGCAAACUGUGGCAGUGGUUGUUGCCUCUCUUGUUAUACAUUGAUCAUCUGUUUGCUUCUUCUAUUGGAGACUGCAAUGGCUGCAGAUAUACUUCUAAAUAAUGACUGGGAGAAGGAUCUCCCCUAUGAUCCUACUGGAAAGUUCAAUGAUUUCAAAGAUUUUGUGGAGUCAAACUUUGACAUGUUCAAGUGGAUAGGCCUGCUGAUCAUCUUAGCUCAGGCUUUUUCAAUCUUAUUGGCCACGGCUCUAAGGUCGAUAGGGCCAGAACAAGUAGAAAACUGUGACAGUGAUGAAGAGUAUGCCACGGCAAGAGUCCCACUUAUGAACCAUAUUGUUCAGCCACCAGAAUACAUUGUUGCUGCCAAGAAUACCAGUAACUGGAAUGUGAGAAUUCACUCCUAACUUGCAGGCGUCUCACUGCUUAAGAUUUGAUGAAUCACUAAUCUGUCUAUUUUUCUCAGUUGAACAAGUGAAGAGAGUUGGAGAUCCGAGCUUUGCUAAUGAAACUUCUUGAGCUAUUUCUGUGACAUAUUUAUACUGCUGUAUACUGGGGAGUUGUUAGUCUCUCAGUUUUGGUUGAACGUUGAAAGUUCUUAGAAUCAGUGUAUAGUUUGCUCUCAGAUGCUGUUCUACCUCAGUUGAGUUGUUUUCAUUCAAUAAAAUCUCUUUCCAUCUGAAUGGAAAAGAUGCAGAUAUAGACUAAGUGGAAUCUAUCGAUUUCAAAUAUAUAUCACAACUAAAUGAAUGUUUUCAGCAGAUGCUAACUAAUGAAUCAAUCACUUGGUU